AUGGUGGACACGCAACAACUCCUAGCCUGGCCCGUGGGCUUCAGUCUGAGCGCUGCCGAUCUACCCGAGUUGGACGACAGCUCCCACUCGCUGGACAUGAAACACCUGACCACGUUGGACUACGCCUCCAUCUCGUCCUCAUCUUCCUCUCUAUCGCCCUCGCUUAUGUCCUCCAUGUCCUCCGUCGGCGUGGCCUAUGAUCCCAGUCCGCCGCAGUGCGAGGACAAUCUCACCAACCUGGACUUCACUAGUAUGCACAGCUAUAGGACUCAUGCAGAUGUACAGAAUUCUAUAAAGUUGGAGCCAGAGUCACCGCCGCAACACACCGACAGUCCGGUAUUCUCCAAGCUCCAGGACGACGCGUCGACAGCCGCACUCAACAUAGAGUGUCGCGUGUGUGGAGAUAAAGCCUCCGGGUUUCAUUACGGCGUCCACGCCUGUGAGGGAUGUAAGGGUUUCUUCAGGCGCACCAUCAGGUUAAAGCUGGUAUAUGAUCAUUGCGACCUCCAUUGUCGCAUUCACAAGAAGUCCCGCAACAAAUGUCAGUACUGUCGUUUUCAGAAGUGCCUGAAUGUCGGCAUGUCACAUAAUGCUAUUCGUUUUGGAAGAAUGCCCCAGGCUGAGAAGGAGAAACUACUGGCGGAGUUUUCGUCCGACAUGGAGCACAUUCACCCGGAGGCAGCCGAUCUGAGGGCCUUGGCCAAACAUUUGUAUGAGGCCUAUCUCAAGUACUUCCCCCUUACCAAGGCCAAGGCCAGGGCCAUCCUCUCUGGCAAGACUGGAGACAAUGCACCUUUUGUCAUCCAUGAUUUGAAGUCUCUGAUGGAAGGCGAACAAUUCAUUAACUGCAGACAGAUGCCCAUUCAGGAGCAGACAAAUGCAGUCGAGCUCCGUUUUUUCCACAGCUGCCAGUCCCGCUCAGCUGAAGCAGUGAGGGAAGUUACCGAGUUUGCCAAGAGCAUUCCGGGAUUUGUCGACCUGGAUCUCAAUGAUCAGGUAACAUUGCUCAAAUAUGGCGUGAUCGAAGUCCUCAUCAUCAUGAUGGCGCCCUUGAUGAACAAAGACGGAACCCUGAUUUCGUACGGCCAGAUCUUCAUGACGCGAGAGUUCCUCAAAAGUCUCCGGAAGCCCUUUUGCCACCUGCUGGAGCCCAAGUUCGAGUUCUCUGUCAAGUUCAAUACGCUAGAACUGGACGACAGCGACAUGGCGCUAUUUCUGGCAGUCAUUAUCCUUAGCGGAGACCGUCCAGGCCUCUUGAACGUUAAACCCAUCGAGCAACUCCAGGAGACGGUGCUGCAUUCCCUGGAGCUGCAGCUCAAAGUCAGCCACCCGGACUCCCUGCAGCUAUUCGCCAAACUGCUCCAGAAGAUGACUGACCUGCGGCAGAUUGUCACCGACCAUGUGCAUGUCAUCCAGCUGCUCAAGAAGACUGAAGUGGACAUGUUGCUGCACCCAUUGCUGCAGGAGAUCAUGAAGGACUUGUAUUAG